UGGAGGUGGUCGUGAAGGCCUUAUUUAAAUUUUAAGUAAGGUUAGUUUAGGUUUCCUGUGUUUCUGUGGAAUCUCUAGUGUUUCGGAUGUUUUCGUGGGUUUGAUGGUGUUUGUGUGGGCUCUUUGGUGUUUUCUUGGGGUUUCCGGUGUUUAUUUGGUGUCAGUAGUGUUUUUACAAAACAUCGAAACACCAAAACAGCAAAACAUCAGCAACACCAGAGAGUCCUCAGAAACAUCAGCAACCUAACCUUACCCUACAUACCUAAAAUUUCUAUAAGCCCUCCCGACCGCCUCCAUCCACUUCUCCAUCCACCUAUCCGUCAAUGCUACCGUUUGUAAUACACUGAAGGGAUGCGCUGCGCACAGUCAGACCGACAGACAGACAAACGGACAGACACAGAGAAUGGACUAAUCUUAUAUGGAAUGAAACACAUUCCAUAAUAUAUUUAAUACCCUUCCAGCAUUCCAACAUUUAUUGGACAGAUACAGAUUAUAGGAUUUAAAUUAAAUACCAACAUUUCUUGUCAAUUACAUCCCUUCUGGGUAUUGGCAUACUGAUAUAAUGGGGCCGCAUCAGCCCUGCCCUGCUCCCAUUAUCCCGCAAAAUCCAACCCAUAUGCCUGCCUUUCGACAUGGUUAAUGUGCCAGUGGAUGGUCUCACGGUAACUGCUUCAGGAUGGGGAACGGAGAUCUCUGGUGGAAGUCAGUCAGCCGUGUUGAAGAAGGUGGACCUCCCAGUUAUAGGGUCAUCGAAGUGUCGAGAGUACUAUGGUAGAUACAUCACGGACAACAUGAUCUGUACAUACUCACCUGGAUCGGACACCUGCCAAGGGGACUCAGGUGGCAGCAUUGACUACAAGAAUAAAAAUAAUGGGCGCUACUAUCACUUGGGCAUUGUGAGCUGGGGUUUCGGCUGUGCUGAGAUAAACCGACCCGGUGUACACGUUAAAAUGACAAAUUACUUGAACUGGAUUACCGCUCAGACUGCUGGGACAACGUUCUGCAGGCCGAAUUCUUUCCCUACAUCCCAGGCCAUUCGCGAAGCUCGGACUGCUGAAUAUGUUGCAGUACCCAAAAGAAAAUCGUGCAUCCACUCUGUGAGUGGGGGCAUGAAAGGAAAUGUGAGGGGGGCAUCCAGACAUGACUUACUUUUUAUAUAUUUCUUCAGAAUUGGAUUAACAAAUUUAUAUUACGUCAAAUAAAUUUUCAUAAAAGCAUACAUAAUAAAGUAAAAUUGAAAAAAUGA